AUGCGACCUGAUACAGCUGAGAAACAAUCGAUCUUAUCCUUUCUUCCACAGCCAAAGCACGAACUUUUAGUCUUGAAUCAUUCAAAUUUUUAUACUGAGGAUGCAGUAGAAGAGAGAAAAGAAGAAAAGAAUCAGAGACAGGAUGUUCAAACAGAUCAACAGUCAAGUGUCGAGGAAGCAAGUGCAGCCUGGCAGCAGUAUUACCAGCAACAGCAGCAGUAUCAGAACAGUGGUGCUGCCAAUUUACAGGAAUAUUAUGUUGCACAGGGAGAAGAUGAUGUGGCCGGGGGCAGCUCUAAACGCAGAAGAACACGGGAACGAGACAUUGAGCGAGCACUUCAGGAUGGCCACUUUGAGACUGUCGCUGGACAGAUCACGGAUGUACAUGGUGUGAUGCCUCAUGCUUGGCAACCGCCAAGCAACACGUUGACAGGAGUGAAUGGAUCGAGCGAUCAGCAAGUGAAAGUAAAGGCCAGCUUUUGGAACGCUCAGGCCGGCACGAUGGUGUCAACAGUCAAGCCCAGCCGGCUGCAACGACAGAAACACCAGCUCAACCAACUUGCGUUUGAUGCAAAAGCGCGUGACUUUGAGCUGCUGGAAAAGCGAGGCACAUCAUUGAAAACGAAGAGAGAGACAUAUGCCAAGUACGGCUGGUAA